AUGAUACUACCUCAUACUUUAUUCAUUAUUCUAGUAAUAUUUAUCAAUUUAACAGAUGCAAUUGAUUUAAGUUUUUUAGGUGUUGAACAACCAAAUUACUACCAAAAAGGACAACAAGUAGAUUUAUUAGUCAACAAGAUAGAAUCAGAUAAAACUCAAUUACCAUAUGGAUAUUAUAGUUUACCUUUUGUUUGUCCACCAAUGAAUGGAGCAAAACCAUUACAUUUAUCCCUUGGUGAAAUUUUAAGAGGUGAUAGAAUUUGGCAAAGUAGUUAUAAUUUAAAAUUUGGUAUUGAUGAAUCAUGUUUACGGCUUUGUGAUUUAAAAGCAAGUGAAAAUGGUAUAAGAAGAGCUUCAAAUUUAAUUAAAGAUGGUUACGUUGUUCAUUGGUCUAUAGAUGAUUUACCUGGUGCAACAACUUUUCAAACUUCAAAUCAAGGUUCAAAAUAUUAUGCUGCGGGUUUUCCUUUGGGAUUUGUUGAAAAUGAUAUAAGUUAUAUUUAUAAUCAUGUUAUGUUAGUUAUUCGAUAUCAUAGUUUAAGUCCUCAAAAAAAUAUUAUUGUUGGAUUUGAAGUAUAUCCAAAAUCAGUUAUAAAUGAAGAAUGUCCUGGAUCAAGUAAAGAUUAUAAAAAUUUUGCAUUAAAAUAUCAAACAAAUAAAGAUGGAAAUUUAAAAAAGGAAAGAACUUUAAUUCCAUAUACUUAUUCAGUAUAUUGGAGAGAAGAUAAUACAAUAGAUUAUGAAUCAAGAUGGGAUUUAUAUUAUGAACAUGACUUUCAAAAUUCUAAAAAAAAAAUUCAUUGGUUUUCAUUUAUAAAUUCAAUUAUUUUAAUAUUUUUAGUUUCUUUAAUUGUUAUGAUUUUAUUUUAUAAAAUUUUACAAAAGGAUAUUCAAAUGAAUAAUAAUGAAAUAAAUUUACCAUUAAAUGAAAAAGAUAUUGAUAAUAUUUCUGAAAAAAAAAUUGGUGGUGGUGGUAAUAAUUGGAGAAAUUUAAUUAAUGAAGUUCAUACUAUUCCUAAAAAUGAAAUAAUUUUAACUACUUUAGUUUCAGGUGGUAUUCAAAUGUUAAUUGUUAUAAUUGGAGUUAUAAUUUUAUUAACAUUAAACUCCAUAGCAUUUUUCGCUAAGAAUUCAUUUUUUGAUACUCAUAAAGGAGCUUUUUUUUCAUUAUCAAUAUUUUGUUUCCUUGGAUCAGGUUUAUUAAGUUCAUUUGUGGGAAUUAUAUUACAUAAAUUUUUUCAAAAUGAAAAUUUAAAUAAAUCAUAUUCACCUUACAAGUGUGUGUUAUAUUCAUUAUUAUUUAGUGCAGUAUUACCAUUAUUUUUAUUUUUAUUAAUGUUAAUUUUAAAUUUUUUUGUAUGGGCUGAAGAUUCAUCAACUGCUUUACCUUUUGGAACAAUUGUUAUAUUUGUUUUAUUAUUUAUAUUAGUUCAAUGUCCAUUGGGGAUAAUUGGAGGAUUUUAUGGUAACAACUACAAGUUUAAAAAUUAUAAAUAUGACACUACUACUCCAUCAACUCCGUUAUCUCCAAGAGAAUUCAAUCAUACAAGAAAAUUUAGUAUCAAGAGCAUUUUAAAAUCAUUUUCACUAAUUUCAUAUUUCAAGAAUGUAUUAAUAUUCGGCCUAAUUCCAUUUGGAAUAGUAUACGUUGAACUUUUAUUUAUAUUCAACUCAGUAUGGUUAGAAAAGACAACUUUUUAUUAUAUGUAUGGAUUUUUAAUAAUUACAAUAUCAAUGUUAAUUAUAAUAAUUAUUGAACAAACAAUAAUAUCAAUUUAUAUAUCAUUAAUUUAUUUUAAUAAUCCAAAUUGGUCAUGGUUAUCAUUUCAAAAUGGUUUUAGUAUUGGAUGGUAUAUUUAUUUAUAUUCAUUUUAUUAUUUUUUUAAAAUUUUAAAUAUUGAUGAUUUUAUAAGUUCAAUUUUGUUUUUUAGUUAUAUGGCAUUAGCUUGUUUUAUAAUUGGAAUAGCUUGUGGAUCAAUUGGAGUACUAACUGGAUUAGUAUUUAUAAGUAAGAUAUAUAAAGCUGUAAAAUUAGAGUAA